AUGUCGGGAGUGGCGGGCUGGCAGCCCCUAAUGAGCCCACUCGGGUCUGGGGGCCUUGGAGCCCUUCUGGGCCCCACUGCCCAGGCCCCUGGCUCUGAAUCUGGACUCGGGUUUGUGCCCCAGCUGGGAGUCGAAGAGGUAGCAGUGGAUGCGGUACCCCGGGCAACUGGGCUGAGUGCCACGGUGUUCCUGGGGGAUCCAGACGCCACCGCCUGCCACUGGGGAGCCCAGAUGUCCGGCCCCCAGUCCCUGCCCCUUCUGGAGACUGUAGCCCACCCUGGCCCCCACUUUAAGGAGCAGAGUCUAGCGGGUACCCACCAGGUCCAGGGAGCUUGGCGGCCAGCGUGGGCGCUCGGGAGUGAGUGCAGAGUGGCUGUUCUCAGCCCCCGGGCUAGUAGGGGUUCUGGGCGGGAGCGCAGAGCAGAGCCUACGAAUCCAGCACCACCCCGCCCCAGCCCCCUCGCCAAGGCAGCCACGCUCCCCCCGCAGGGACCCCUGGCAGCCACGCCACCCGGCACUGUGUGGGACAUGAGCGCCGUUGCCCCCCCGGGGCCCGCAGCUGGACAGCCCGGAGCAGGCUGGCCCAGAAGGCUCAAGGCAGACGCCACCAAAUUCUGGGCUACUUGCCCUUCCUUGUCCACCAUCUACUUCCUGUUUGUCAUCUUUGCCGGGUCCACCAUUUUCCACUGCCACCAGCGCCUGGCCCUGGUGCCCGCCCCCUGGGUCUACCCGGGCCGCGUGGUCCUGUUCCCCAGACACCUGCCCUGGGGGGGCAUGUCCACCAUCAACUCCAAAGGCCGCCUGGGGAACCAGAUGGGGGAGUACGCCACCCUGUACGCCCUGGCCAAGAUGAACGGGCGGCCGGCCUUCAUCCCACCCCAGAUGCACAGCACGCUGGCCCCCAUCUUCAGAAUCACCCUCCCCGUCCUGCACGACACCACGGCCAGCAGGAUCCCCUGGCAGAACUACCCCCUGAACGACUGGAUGGAGGAGCGGUACCGACACAUCCCGGGGGAGUACGUGCGCCUCACCGGCUACCCCUGCUCUUGGACCUUCUACCACCACCUCCGCGCCGAGAUCCUGCAGGAGUUCACCCUGCACGACCACGUGCGCGAGGAGGCCCAGAAUUUCCUGCGGGAUCUGCAGGCCAAGUGGGCCCGGCAGGCCACCUUCGUGGGGGUCCACGUGCGCCGGGGGAACUACGUCCGAGUCAUGCCCAACGUGUGGAAGGGCGUGGUGGCCGACCGGGGCUACCUGCAGCAGGCCCUGGACUGGUUCCGGGCUCGCUACCGCAGCCCACUCUUCGUGGUCACCAGCGACGACACGGCCUGGUGCUGGCAGAACUUCAAAGGCUCCCUCCGGGACGUGGUGUUUACCGGCAACAACCUGCAGGGCUCGCCCGCCAGGGACUUUGCACUACUCACGCAGCGUAACCACGCCGUCAUCACUGUGGGCACCUCUGGGAUCUGGGCCGCCUGCCUCACGGGUGGGAACACCAUCUACCUGGCCAGCUUCACCCUGCCCAACUCCCCCUUCCACACGGUCUUUAAGCCCCAGGCGGCCUUCCUGCCGAAGCGGGUCGGCACCGCAGCCAACCUGGGGCAGGCUAGAGAGAAUGGCCCCUAG